CGCCCAGCCCGAAUCCCUGCGUGUGUGCGGUCAUGGUCAAUCUGGGCCUCUCCCGGGUGGACGACGGCGUGGCCGCCAAACACCCGGGCCUCGGGGAGUACGCCGCCUGCCAGUCGGCCGCCUUCAUGCGGGGCCUGGCGGCCUUCGUGGCAGGCACCGGCGCGACCUUCGGCCUGCAGAGCCUCCUCCCGUGGAAGCUCCUGUCCCCGUUCCGGUGGCGAGUGCUGGUGGCCGUGGUCACAGGCUCCGUGGGCAGCUACUGGGUGACCCUCGUGGAGUCACAGAAGUGCAGUGACCUCUGGGUCUUCCUGGAGACUGGCCGGCUCCCAGCAGAUGGGGACACACAGGCCGGCGCAGCUAGGGGAGCCGUAGCACGGGAAGGAGACCAGGGACCAGGAUUCCCACACAGCCCCCAGAGCCCGCCACCAGCCCGGGGCGCCUCCCUGUGACCCAGUAUGGUGUGCAAACUCCGAGCCUGGUCCAACGAGGUCGGGGACAGUGGGCUUCCUACAGGCAGCCAGCACACAGGUGCUGGAGCUGAGGGGGCUUGGCUGCUGCCCACACACUUGUGCAGGGUGGCCUGCACCACCGCUGGCUCUGGUGCCUGGACACUGCAUGCAGGCGUCCCCGCGGUGACUCUAAUAAAUACUAGUCAAAAGCCAUCAGGAGGCAAGUCACAUGGGA